CUUUAGAGCAGGCACUGCAGGGUCUCUCCUCCUCAGCCCUCACACUCACACACACUGACACAUGGAGUACUACCGCACUCUGCUGCUCUGGACCUGCAGCCUGCUGCCAGGGCUCCUCGACUGCUUCAACAUCGACACCAAGAACCACAAGAUCAUUAAGGGCUCCAAGCAGGCUCAGUUUGGGUACACUGUGCAGCAACAUGUUGCAGGAGGACAAAAAUGGUUAUUAGUUGGUGCUCCAUUAGACCAUAAUGGUCCUCACCAGACAGGAGAUGUUUACAAGUGUCCAUUGAGCAAAAGAUCCAAUGGCAGCUGUACCAAGCUCAACCUAGGAAGGAUAUCUUUGACUAAUGUGUCUGAACGGAAAGACAAGAUGAGGCUGGGAAUGACACUUGCUUCCAAUCCUAAAGACAACAGUUUUGUGGCCUGCGGUCCUCUGUGGGCCCAUGAGUGCGGCAGCUCCUACUACAGCACUGGAAUCUGCUCAAGAGUGAACGCCAGCUUUAAGUUCUCUCGGGCUGUUGCCCCUGCCUUCCAAAGGUGUGAAACUUACAUGGACAUUGUGAUUGUUCUGGAUGGGUCCAAUUCCAUCUACCCGUGGUAUGAGGUUCAGGAUUUCCUCAUAAAUAUUCUGCAAAAAUUCUACAUUGGACCAGGACAGAUUCAGGUUGGUGUGGUGCAGUAUGGUGAGAAAGUUGUCCACGAGUUCAGCUUGAGUGACUUCCGCUCGGUGGAGGAUGUGGUGAGGGCAGCCCGAAAGAUCGAGCAGCGUGGUGGUGAGGAGACAAACACUGCCCUGGGCAUCAACGAAGCACGAACACAAGCAUUCAAGAAGGGCGGGCGACGCGGCGCAAAGAAGGUGAUGAUUGUGAUCACAGAUGGAGAGUCUCAUGACAGCCCAGACUUGAAGCAGGUUAUUGAGGACAGCGAGAAGGAUGGCAUAACCCGCUACGCUAUUGCUGUCCUUGGUUACUACAAUCGUCGUGGAAUCAAUCCCGAGGCCUUCCUAAGCGAGAUUAAAUACAUUGCGAGUGACCCAGAUGAUGGGCACUUCUUCAAUGUGACGGAUGAAGCAGCCCUGAAGGAUAUUGUGGAUGCCCUGGGAGACCGGAUCUUCAGCUUGGAAGGAACUAGUGAGAAUGGGACAACAUUUGCCCUCCAGAUGUCCCAGGCAGGCUUUUCGGCGCACAUUGUCGAGGAUGGAAUAUUGGUUGGUGCGCCGGGUGCCUAUGACUGGAAUGGGGCAGUAUUGAAGGAAACCCGCCAUGGAAAAGUGAUCCCCCCAAAGUCUUCAUACUCCAAAGAGUUUCCAGAGGAACUGAAAAAUCACGGUGCAUACCUAGGUUACACGGUGACCUCAGUGGUGUCUGCCAGAAAUGGACAGCUGUAUGUGGCCGGAGCUCCGCGGUUCAACCACACUGGCAAGGUCAUCGUGUUCACGCUGAGAAAUGACGGCAACCUCACUAUCUUACACUCACUUAAGGGACAACAGAUAGGUUCCUACUACGGCAGUGAGAUAGCCGCCGUGGACAUUGAUGGAGAUGGUGUCACAGACAACCUCCUGGUGGCAGCUCCCAUGUUCUUCAGCGGAGGCUGGGAGAGGGGCAAAGUGUACAUCUACCGGGUGACAGAGCAGAACCGUUUUGUACUGGAGGGCGCUCUGGAGGUCCAGGACCAGGGACAGAAUGCUCGCUUUGGUUCAGCUCUGGCCCCCGUACCAGACCUCAAUGGUGACACCUACAACGAUGUGGUGAUUGGAGCACCACUUGAGGACAACCACCGUGGUGCCAUUUACAUCUUUUACAGUCAACGCAACAGGAUACUUCGCAAAUAUAAACAGAGAAUUGGUGCAGCACAACUAGCUAACGGCCUUCAGUACUUUGGACUUAACAUCCAUGGAAAGAUGGACAUUAAUGGAGAUGGGCUUGUGGAUUUAUCAGUUGGCUCUCUUGGUGCAGCAGUGCUUCUGUGGUCCCGCAGUGUGGUCCGUAUCCAUACUAUGGUGAGAUUUGAACCCAGCAAAGUAAACAUCUUCAACAAGGACUGUCGAAGGGGUGGCAAGGACGUGACCUGUAUGUCAGCUAUCGUAUGUCUAAACGUCACGGCUCGCACCUCCAUACGACCAACACAGGAAGUCGCUCUGCAGUACAACGUGUCCAUCGAGGAGAAGCGGUUUGCUCCCCGUGCCAUGCUUGAUGAGACCGACAGGCAACAGCCACGUAACAUCACACUCUUGCCUGGAGAGGAGACCUGUGAGCAUGUCUACUUCCACGUCAUGGAGACAACCGAUUAUGCCCGACCAAUUGUCUUCAGUGUGGUGGUGGCUGCCAUGGAUCCACAUCAGGGCCCAGCAAUGGAUGAUGGCUGGCCAACCACAGUUAAAGUUGAGCUGCCUUUCUGGAAUGGCUGUGAUGAGGAUGACCGCUGUGUUCCUAACCUGGUAUUGCAGAGCCACUCUGAUCUAAUUACUCGGAGGCAGUUCUGUGGGCAGGUGGUGCAUACACGGGGCACAGUCUGCUUAAGUCAGGACGAUGUCCUGCCAUCGGAGAGGAUAAUCGAGGCCUCUCGCAGAAGGUUGGUGGUGGACACCCGUCUGGAGAACCGUGGGGAGAACGCCUAUGGAGCUCGUCUCAACAUCUCUUUCUCCCCCAAUCUACGCUUCUCCAGUCUCGUAGCCAAGGACAAUUCAGACAUCAAGAUAGAGUGCCGCAAUGUGGAGAAGAAAAAACAUGAGAAAUCCUGCAAUGUCAGCUCACCUUUCAUGAGAGCCAAGACUCAAGUAUCUUUCCGUCUGGAAUUUGAGUUUAACCGUUCUAUGGUCUUGGACUAUGUGCGGAUAAUCCUACAUGCUAACAGUGAUGGACAGGAAGUAUCCCUCCAUGACAAUGUAAUUGACCUUUUUUACCAGCUGAAAUAUGAGGCUGACCUUCUUUUUACAAGAGACUCAGAUCCUUCCCGUUAUGAAAUUGAAGCUGACCUGUCCUUGGAAAAGCCUGGAAGCGUAGGGCCUCCUUUUAACUUCACCUUUCAAAUUCAAAAUUUAGGCUACUUUCCAGUGCGGGACUUGCAGCUGAAUAUUGAAAUCCCUGAGGUGACAAAGAAUGGAAACCAGCUUUUGCAGAUAACCAACUUUCAGAUAGAUCAGAUGGAUGGCACCCACUGCAUUCCACCACAACAUGUGGCACACAGUCGGGCAUCUCCUGAGGAUCUGUCUCGAGUAUCACGUCUGAAUUAUACAAACAUGUUAACAGUACCAGUCCAGUGCAGCGUCAAUCUGCCGCCCCACAGAGAUGUUGGUGUCCGUAUUAGAGGGAUCCUUCGUAUUGAUUCUUUACAUGCUCUGAACUUCAAAACGUUGGAGUUGGUGACAACAGCCUCCAUACAGCUUAGCUCCUCCAGCCCGAUGUUUUUGUUUGAAGAACGGCCUCUGAGACAUAUAAUUCUGGAAAUAAGAAAAGAAGAGGAUUAUCGAAUCUCUAUCUGGAUUAUUAUAGGGAGUACUCUUGGGGGGCUAUUACUGCUGGCCCUGCUCAGCCUGGCUCUGUGGAAGCUGGGCUUUUUCCAGAGGCAGAAGCGGCGAGAUCAUCCUGAGCAGGAGGCCAAUGGGAAGGUGGCUGAGGAGCGGUAACACAGGCUGCAGCCGGGCACCAGCACACCCAUCACUCAGGGACCGUCCCAGACAGACCGUUACCGAAGUCUCCGCAGACAGCAAGGGGAAAGAGCAGCACUCUGAGCACUGGAUGACCUGUCCCUCAACCACUGAACCACUGCACAGAUCCCAACACCGUCCUGCACUGCCGACUGAAUACUGCACACACGGGGACCUCGGCUAUUCACGUCACUUGUCCCAGUUUGAGGUGUUGCAGCAUCAGUCUUUUUUUUAUCAAAGAAGGACCUGAAUUUUUGUUGGGCAGCAGUACCAUUCCUGGUCUCUGGUUUCUUCAUUCAUGACCUGAAUGUCAAAGGAGCCUCAAAGGAGUGGGCUUUCAUAUCCAAUUUGAUCGUUUUUUUUAUUUUUUUAUCUGGUGCUUUCUCAGAGUUCACGAAGCUCUGGAACAACAGGAGUUGGACACACACACACACACACACACACUCUCUUUUGAUGUGAGGUGACAUCAGGCACUGGAGUGAACAGCUCUGAUCCACAGCGGACAGCAUAACAAUGAACCAGUCACAAGGACCCGUGUGACUCCCCUGACAUGUCAUCCAUGCACUGGUUUCUAAUCACCCUACAGGCCCUCUGCAGCAGGGUAAUUCUUCCUUAGACUGCCCCCUAUGGAUAGCUCUUAAUUUUUAAAGAUGGAAGAUCCUCAAUGCGCAUUCCUGACUUCAAUGCACUUUUUUAUAUUAGAAAUGUAAACUUGAAUUUUGUAAAUAGGCAAUUGUACCUUUUAUGCCAUAAACAAGUUGAAUGGUUUGUUUUUGUAGUACUCAAGCAAGGAUUGUGGCAUUACCUUGUAACGAUAGGAACUUUGGCAAGCUUUGAUGACUGAUGUCUGAAAUCCUCUCACAUGCUUUGCACCUCAACAAAUAACCUUUGUGAAAGGGUAUGCAUAUUGUACAGUAGUAGUUCUGUAUAUGCUGUCAAGAUUAACAAUGAUUUGCCAUGAGACCAUGAAGACAUGAUAAUAAGGUUUACUGAUGGUGGGGUUUGGAUGUGCUAAUAUAUGUAAAGGGGACUAAAGUAUUAAGUAUUGCUGCCAGGGAAUCACAAUAUUAAAAUUAUUUAAUUUCAAUUAUUCCAUUGUGUUCCAAUGUCCAUAAAGAGCUGAAGUUUUUAAGACAGUUAAUGUGUUUUUGAAAACCAUAUGUAUUAAUAGUCAAAAUGUAGAUUUUGACUAAUCUUGUUCCAGAUGUGUACCCUAUAGGAUAUAAAACACAAAAUGAAAAUGAAUCUGCCAAAACAACUACCGGUAAAUACAUGUACAUGACAUGUCAAAGAUGAUUUCAUACAUGCAUCUUGUGUAAAUACUGUCUGAGUAUUUUUUUUAUUGUGAGAUUUUGAUGACCAGUGGCUAUUAAACGUAAAGUUUAUUGACAAA